UUAAAAUGGCAGACCAAGAAGACGGGGAAGAUGAAAGCGAUUUUUUCCGCAGUUUUGCUGAUGUUCCCUUGCAUCCUCCGGAGAAAAGAGAUAUGUGUUCGAGGUGUAAGAGACCACGUGCAGUGUGUUUGUGCGCUCAUUUUCCUACUCAUUUUCUUCACAUCUCGACUACGAUUCACGUAUUGCAACAUCCUCGUGAGGAAUCUAGGCUUUUGACAACUGUCCCCCUCCUGGAGGCCUGUUUACCUCCAAAUAAAAUCAUCAUCCGACGAGGGAGAAGAUUCCACAAGCAUGACUGGCCAGAUCUUCAUGAAAUACUCAACAAGCCAACUACGCUGCUUUUAUAUCCAGGACCUACAGCUGAAAAUAUAAACACACUGAGUGACUCUCCCUUAGGAGAAAAGUAUGAUAUUAUUGUCCUUGAUGGGACAUGGAGACAAGCCAAGGAUAUUUUUCAUAACAAUCCAUUUUUAUGUCAAGCUAGACAGGUACAAUUAGAACAUAAUCACAUCAGUGAAUAUGUGAUCAGAACCCAGCCUAACAGUAAAAGUUUAUGUACAGUUGAAGCCAUUGCUUUGUCAUUAUCAAUUCUGGAGAAAAACGAGGAAAUUGCAGAGGCGUUAAUUCGACCUUUGAGAGCGUUGUGUAAAAUACAGUUGGACCAUGGUGCUGUGGUACAUUUCAGUAAGGAAAAUGAAGAUGAAAUCAUGUUAAGAGCUAAGAGGCAAGAACGAAAUCACAAAAAGAAAAUGAGUGGAUUGAAUGAAGAGGAAAGAUGACAAGAACUAAGAAAAGAGCACGGUACAAGGGGAAACUCGUGACUGAGCAUUUAGCUCAGGUUUUUCCUUUCACGAGUUUGUAUCUGAAUGGGCGAUUGUUUCCGUUUCUUGAUGAAUUCACGGGGUUAAACACACUUCACACUCUCGUUCAUACACGGAUUCCUGGGCCAAUUGAAUUGACUCUUUUUAGGUUUCGGAUAGUGGCUAUCGUAGAGCUUCAGGUCUGGAUAUACAAAAAGCGUCCAAGCUAAGGCGAGAAAGACACGAGGAAACUUCUGAGUACCAACUCAUUUUCUUCGCGGAAACAGUUCUGUCAAUCUGACCGUUCAUGUGUUUUGAAGAUAAUUUGGUUUUAUCAACUGAGUUUCUAAUGUAAAUUAGCCUUCUUAAAGAGUUUCAAAAGCUGACGU